AUGAAUGCGAUCCUCCAAGAACCACUGUAUCCGGGGCAUUCAUAUGGCGAGGCCCAUGAUCAUGUGACAACUAGAUUCAAGCAUAUCAUGAUUGAAAAUGGACACGCCGUAAUUACAGGAAGAGAUGGGCCCAUCUUCCAAUACUGUGAGGACGAACCGAUCAGGAUACCUGGUGCCAUCCAAAGUUUUGGUGUGAUCAUCGCACUGCGAGAGGAGUCUCCAAACCUAUUUGCGAUUCGGAUUGUUAGCGAAAAUUCAUAUGAACUCAUGAGAUACUCUCCCAACCAACUAUUUGAAUUGGAGAGCUUUUGUGAUAUCCUCGAUGCAGAUCAAGCAGACACACUGUUGUAUCAUGUUGAUUCUCUUCGCGACGAUAUGCACGACACCACUGCAGAUGGCCCUGAAGUUUUCUCCCUCUCAAUUAUUACAGGUCUUGGUCAAAUCCGUCGAUUUUGGUGCGCGGCACAUAUCAACCCAACUCAAAAAGACUUGAUUAUCUGUGAACUUGAACUUGAAGAUGAUGAGCUCAACCCACUUAAUGUUGGUGGAACCGAAACAAGCCCAACCAGCAGCUCCCUGAGUGAAUCUCCCACUAUCGAGCAGAUUACGACUACCCAUAUCAAUCUCAGUCAGCCACUUCGGACUUUUCGUAAUGCUCGGCGAAGUAGGGGCGAGGCCGCGGCAAUGGAGGUUUUCGGUGCCUUGACUCAGAUCCAAGAGCAGUUAGGCCUAGCUAACGAUCUCAAGACCCUACUUCAUGCCACUGCAAGCCUCAUCAAGGAUCUAACUGGAUUCCACAAAGUCUUAAUAUAUCGGUUUGAUAGCAGCUGGAACGGCCAAGUUGUUACCGAGCUGGUUGAUCCCCAACUUCAACACUCUGCUGAUCUAUACCAAGACUUCCACUUCCCAGCUUCCGAUAUCCCCCAGCAAGCCCGUGAACUGUACAGAAUCAAUAAAGUUCGGCUACUUUAUGAUCGUGACCAAGUUACAUCACGGCUUGUAUGCCGAACAAUGGAAGACCUAAAAACACCUUUAGAUAUGACACAUGCAUACUUGCGUGCUAUAUCACCUAUUCACAUCAAAUAUCUUACCCAUAUGAAAGUUCGUUCAUGUAUGUCCAUUAGCGUUAACGGUUCCAACGAUCUGUGGGGCUUGAUCUCUUGCCAUUCCUACGGAAAUGAAGGCAUGCGCGUGUCCUUCCCCAUUCGGAAAAUGUGCCGCCUAUUAGGCGAUGUGGUGUCGCGCAAUAUCAAACGUCUUUCCUAUACGUCUCGACUACGAGCACGGAGAUUAAUCAAUACAUUUCCAACCCAAACCAAUCCUUCGAGUUACAUUAUUGCGUCAGCAGACACCUUGCUACGGCUAUUCGAUGCAGACUACGGAGCUCUCUCGAUUCAUGAAGAAACACAUCUCUUUGGCGGUAUGUAUAACACUAACUCGCAAGAAAUUCUCGCCCUGUUAGGAUUCCUCCGCAUACGCCAAACAAACACCGUGCUCGCCUCCUACGAUAUCAUUCGAGACUUUCCCGAUUUUUUUUACCCUCCCGGUCUGAAAAUCAUCUCGGGGUUCUUGUACAUGCCAUUAUCGGCUGAUGGUCGUGACUCCCUUGUGUUCUUCCGCAAGGGCCAUCUUUCGGAGAUAAAAUGGGGUGGUGACCCUUAUAACGUCGUAAAACAAAAGGGAACCGCGCGGUAUCUGGAACCUCGUAGUAGCUUUGAAGCUUGGCGAGAGACAGUUUUAGGUCAAUCUCGAGAGUGGACCGAAAACGACAUGGAGAUAGCAGCCAUACUGUGCUUCGUUUACGGUAAAUACAUCAAAGUUAUGCGCCAGAAACAAAAUUCCAUGCAAAGUCACUUUUUGCUGGCCAAUUCUGCUCAUGAGUUUCGAACGCCGCUCACUUCGAUCAUCACCAAUCUUGAAAUUGCAUUAGGUGGUGCCCUUGAUGCAGAAACUCGUGAAAGUUUGACCAAGUCGCAUUCUGCCAGCAAAUCUCUGAUUUAUGUUGUCAAUGAUCUACUCGAUUUGACGAACACCGGGCAAGAUCAAGGGCUUCUAUACCUCCAGAUGAGGGAGCUGUCAAUUGGUGAUGUAGGAACCCCUUACACCGUAUUCAGUCCGGGUAUACAUGCAUGGUGCGUCAAUGUGGUCUACGAACCAUUUUGCAAGCUGAACUUUGAUCCACGGGGGUUCUUUUUUAUCGAAUGGCAAUAUUUCAAUCUGCAAGGACAGCCUAUGUAA